UCAGUUGUACUGUGGCAGGCGGAGAGUGAGGGUGUACGACUGUCUCUCUCUCUCUCUCUUACACUUGGGCGAAGUGACUGGCGCGAGCCUUCUCUCGCUCGCCGUUAAGUUUAUACGUUCGUGGUCCUUCUUGAAGAGGUUGAUGAAACUUUUCGACAAGGCUUCUGUGCGUGGUUUCGGAUAAAAGAUAUUCUUGCUGGAUUUACUGCGGAUAUCUUUAUCACUUGUGGAAUACAGUGUUAAUAUAUGUAUGGAUGAGAUAUACAUCCAUUCCUCUCGAGUAAAAUAAUGGUUAUGGUGAAAGAGCAUUGAAUAAAGGAAAAGAAAAAAGGAAGAAAGAUUAAAACGCUAAUGUGCCUCGAAUGAAGUGUCUUCUCGGCUGAUGAUGAAGCUCGACCAGUGAGACGGCAAAGAGCGACGACACGAUGCUCCUGAAGAAGGCCUCGCACGACACCAGGAAGCAGACUGCCGGAGGAAAGAUGCAAAUCGCUCACAGCGAGGAGAUCCGCCAGAGUCUGGACGUCCUGGACCGAGUGCUCUCCGAGUUCGACGACAUCGAGACCGACACCAAUGACGACUCUGUCGCGGCCGACGUCACCGACGCCCCCGAGCACGCCGACAAGUCCAGCGAGAACGACGACGCCGGAGGAUCGCCUCCGCCCGUCGACAGAAGCCUCAAGCCCCGCCCACCUCCGGAGCUCCCCCGCAAGACCCGCCUGCCCCGCCCGGGCUCCGGAAGCUCGUCGCCGUCCAGCCAUGAGUACCAGGAGAUCAACUCCGACGUGGGCGUGUCCCACCGCGUCCCCGAGGCGCCCCCUGCACCGCCCGUUCCGCCCGCCCCACCCGUCCCGCCGGUCACGUCUCCCACGGGGCGCGGCGUGAGGCGCCAGAUGUCCGAGGACCGCGCCAGGUCGCGCCGCCACGAGGAGGAGCUCCGGCGCCAGCCCCGCAGACAGAGGAGCGAGGACGCGCGCCUGCGCCACGACGACAUCUCGUCCAGCUCCGGCGACCUCAUGACCCUCGACGUCCGCGACAUGAGCAAGCCGCGGCCGACGCGCGACUCCAGCCGGGGGCGCUCCCGGGAGCCGGCGCGGGAGGCGCGGGAGCCGGCGGCGAGGGACGCGAGGGAGGCGCGCCACCUGAGGAAGAGCCGCUCGGGCGAGGUGGAGGCCAGGAAGGUGGCCGAGCAGGCGCAGGAGCGGGGGCGGCGCCGGAGGUCCAGGUCGUCCGACCGGUGGCUGGACCACGCGGCGCACCCCGACCCCCUCAUGGAGCAGCGGCUCAUGGAGGCCAACAUGAUGGACCCCCGCAUGCUCGACCCAAGGCUGAUCGACCCCAGGAUGAUCGACCCGAGAAUGAUCGACCCCAGGAUGAUCGACCCCAGGUACAUGGACGAGCCCUUCCCCAUGGCGCAGGACCCCAUCCGCUUCCCGCACCUCAUGAGCUACCCGCCCAUGACUCAGGCCGGGCCCCUCACGCCGGGCAACAUGUCCCCGGGGGCCAUCUCGCCCAUCCCGCCAGGCCCGCCCAUGGGGCCGCCCUUCCUGCCCAUGGAGUACCCUCCGUACCCGAUGUACCCGUACGACGUGGGCUACAUCCCCGACCUGAUGCUGCCGCCCCACCACCCGGCCUUCGCGGCGGACCACAUCCCGCCCGAGUUCAUGCGCCCCGAGUACCUUCCUCCCGACUACCCGCUCGACUUCCCGCUCGAGUACGGGCCCGCCCCCCACCCCGGCAUGAUGGGCGGGAUGUGGGCCGGACCACGCCCGCGAGACGACUGGCCGCCGCCCACGCCACAGCAAGCACAGCAAAUGAUUCAGCGCGUCGUCAG